AUGGCUAUGGCAUACAGACGCGGCGAUAAGCUCCCACCAGAGAUCAAUAAUAUUCUAUUCGUCAAAAAUUUGCCCUUCAAGAUCACCGCCAAGGAGAUGUACGACAUUUUUGGGAAAUUCGGCGCCAUCCGCCAAAUCCGAGUGGGUAAGACAGCACAGACGAAAGGAACGGCUUUUGUUAUUUAUGAGGACGUGAUGGAGGCAAAAACGGCUUGCGAAAAGCUUCAGGGUUACAAUGUGAGCAACAGAUAUUUGGUCGUAUUGUACUACCAGAUCACGAAGGUUUAUCAGCGCAUGAAUACUGAGGAGGGUCGCAAGAAGCUGGAGUUGAUGCGAGAAAAGUACGGACUCGGCGAGGGCGACAAAAAGGGCUGGCUUUUGGACGGGCAGACACCGAGCCGCACACCUGCUCGACGU